UUGUUCCCAAACUUGCAACAUGUGACAGACUCAGACCAACCUUGGAAACUUUUGAACGGCCAAACUGUACCUUGUACUACAGAUAGUUUACCUAACAUUAACCGCAGUCCAAUGCUCAGUUUUGCUUCCAGACCAAAUAUGUCAACCUUUGUCAGGUGUCGCUGGUUGCUGCCUGUCCACACCCACAUGCCGCAUCGACCUUCGGAUUCAAGCCGGGAGUGGGAGAAGGAGCAGCAGCCGUUAGGUCCAGCAAUUUGUUGAUAAAAUGGAAACACGGACCCAUCCGCACAGCGAAACCUAACCGCUCCCCCGAACUCCAGCCCAGUCACAGACUCAGUGUCACACCCAGCACAGCCCUCUCAGCGCAGCACAUCGUUCACUGCAGUCAACUCGCAAGGCUCGGAGCAAUGAUCUAUCACGGUAACUGUCACUGCGGUGCGCUUCGGUUCGAAUUUCGGGUCGACGAUGCUGUCAAACGCAGCAUUGGUUGCAGCUGCAUCGCCUGCAGGAAGCAAGGCUACACUUGGCUCGUCGCUGAAGAAUCUCUCACUGUUGUGCGUGAUGACGGAAAGCUGACCAAGUACUCAUCGCCUACUCUGACUCACGAGUUCUGUUCCGUAUGCGGUACCGGUGUCUUUGGCGAGCAUUCCGAGGGGUUACUCAGCGGUCAAAGACUUCUCAAUGUCAGGACGCUGCGUGGAGUGAAUCCAUUCGACCUUGAAAGAACCAGAGAUGCAAGUGGAACAGACAUGGAUUCACCGCUAGCAGUAGAGUCUAGGCCGACAUUGCCCAUUACGGGAUCCUGCCUCUGUGGGUCGGUGGGGUUCGAACUGGCCGUGCCUCUGCAGGAGGUAGAGCUCAAAGAGGACAACUGCAGUAUCUGCGCCAGGAAUGCAUGGGCAGGUGCAUACGCCACCAAGAUGCAUGUGCGUAUCUUUGGCUCUGGCGAGGUUCAAGAUUACCGAUACGGGCAAAGAUUUAUGGGAUUUCCUUUUUGCAAGGUGUGCGGCGUGCACGUCUAUCUGAGUGUAUACGGCCCGCCCAAAACGUUCGUUGACCGGCUAUCGGAAGACAAGAAGAAGUUCGUUCGAAGAAAGCUCGACCUCGUGCCGGUCAAUAUUCGGGUCCUCGACGAGGUUGACAUUCGCGCGCUCAAGAUUGAACGAUCAGACGAGGGAACUAAGGGGUACGAACAGAACGUGUUGGGUCUGCCUCGAAGAAAGGGGGACACUUCCGGCUCCCCCUGAAAGUUGGCCCUCAUCAGCCGGUGGCAGAUGUUGCCAUUGGCCCUGGUACCUGACUACAGGCUUCUUCACAAAGUCAGCCACGCGGUGGGAGGUCCACCAUGAUCAUGAUUUGAUCUUACCCAACUUGGGGACACCGACUACCUCAAUCCCAGAUACUCAGUUUCUCACAUUGCGCCUGGGGAGCUUGAAGCACGGUGGUCGACUGCCAUCAUCACUUUUGACAUGCUCAUAUGACCUUUCACGCCGCUGAUGACUUGCCCGGCGAAAGCCAGAGUCAAUUCAAUAUUAUACGGGCUUAAUCUAAGAAAUUACUGUUGAAGUGUCUUUAUGGUUGCUGCAAAACUCCGAAUCCAGUCACCCGUC